AUGUCCGUUCCAUUUGCCUUUGUCCCCAGAAAAGUAGCAAGACCAGCCAAGACCCAAGGCCAUUCCCUUUCCAGCUCUGCCAAACCCCCCAUCCCAGCGCCCACACACAAUGUUGAACCCCCAUUAAACUCAAGAGACAAGGGCAAAGCAAAAGCGACUGAAGCCCCAAACACCAACCGCUCAGAAGAAGACCACGCCAUUCUCGUCCUUCUAGCCCUAUCAGACUACACCAUCUGGCUCGACUCUGACUUUCGACGCGCACUCGAACAAUCCCUAGACAAAGACGCGCAGGAUGCUGGAUUUAUCCCUCUCAGCUACCUCCUCCGCCGUUCUCGAUCUCGUCUCCCAUCUCGACAGUCAAGAGGUCCCCCGGAGAGCGGGGUGGUAAGAGCUUUGCGAUCAUAUGCUGCCGACUUUUUGGAGGUUAGGAUGUUAGUUUCUGCCCCGUCGAGUUCUGUGUGGGAUCCACAGGGAAACGCUACUCAUCCAAGCCAGAGGGAAGUCGGUGGGUAUGAAGUUCGGAGGAAAGAUUGGCACAGCAUGCUCGAGCAUCCCACAAGGAGUUUUGGCAGGGAUCAAUGGGAGAAAAGGACUGUAUAUUUGGAAAAUAUACCGCUACAAUACCGCACCGUCCCGGGAAUCGCUAGGUUCACUUCAAGCCUUCUCGGCUCGAGCUCCAUCAUGCAUAUCCAAAACAUUGUCCUUCCACCUCACCACCUCGAUAAACCAGGCGACACGCCAAAGUGUAAAGGAUUCGCGCUCGUCACGCUGUCUCAUACCGAGGACCGCGACGCGCUUUUAGCAGAGUGGCCCUGGAAGCGUAGCUGGGCGGUGGGCGCGAGGGGCGGCAAGGACAAGGAUUCCGCGUACAAAGUGGAGCAAGAGAAAGGGAGAGAGGUAGAGCAGACAGUGGAAUUUCGAGAAGCGGUCAAGUUCGGUCUGCGGUGCUUGACGAAGGAGCGCUGGGAUAGGUUGAAUGAGGAGUAUGUCGCGUAUGGGCAGAGACUCUUGAAUGAGCUGGUGGAAAGCGACGAGGAUACUAUGGCCAUCAGCGAUGCCCAGCUCGAACUUGAACCUGGAGGGAACGAGGACCCUCGUGUUGCUCAAGAAACUGACGUUCCUCCCGUACAACCAAGUCAUCACGCUCCCAGUCGUCCUAUCACGACGAUAUCUUCACCCUACCCUCUCGAUUGUCUCGUCUUCGUCAGGAAUGUUCAUCCAGACACCAACAAGACUACUCUACGCUCACUUUUGUCCGUACCGUUUCAAGGUGACUCUGCAAAAGGUUCAAAGCAAACCGAGGGCAUCGAUUACGUCGACUUCAGUAAGGGAAUGGACUCUUGUUUUCUGAGACUUUCAACACCAGAACAUACGCAUAUCAUGACAGAACAUUUUUUAAUUAAUCCGACAACACAAUUUCAAGGGUUAGACGAUAAAGGCAGAACUCCGGGCCCCACAGACAAGACUAUCAUAGUCGAAGUCGUACAAGGGAGAAAAGAAGAGCUAUACUGGGAGAAAGUACCCGAAAAAGUUAGGCGACAGGCCGUGCAAAAGGCUGUAUGCGCUCAGAGUUCCAAGGAGGAGGCUGCGAACGACCAGGUACCACCUUUCGAAACGUCCGAUAACUCGAAGAACCGUAAAAAGAGGAAGCGUGAUAAGUAG